AUGUUUACUGACUUUGGCCGCAGUGAAAAGAAAUGUCUCAUUCUGCAUUUUGAACCUCUGACACACGACAUUGAUGAAUGCGAGAGUUCUCCUGACAUUUGUGGAAGUGGUACUUGUGUCAACACUCCAGGCUGUUUUGAAUGUGAGUGUUUUGAAGGUUAUGAAAGCGGGUUCAUGAUGAUGACAAACUGUAUUGAUGUUACUGAACGUGAACAUAACUCUCUACUUUGUAGAGGUGGAAACUGUGUGAACACAGAAGGCAGAUUUCAAUAUGACUGCAUACUUGGACAUGAAAUACCAUUACAUGAGGAUUGUGUGGAUAUAAAUGAAUGUUCUCUGAGUGAUAAUCUAUGUAGAAAUGGAAAAUGUGUGAACGUGAUUGGACCACAGUGUUCUUGUAAUGCUGGAUAUCAAGCAGCUCUAGACAGGCAAGGCUAUAUGGAUAUUGAUGAGUAUACGAUAAUGAAUGGAAGCUGUGAUAGCCAAUGCACUAAUUCAGAAGGCAGCUAUGAAUGUCUUUGCAGUGAAGUUUAUACCCUGAUGCCAGAUAUGAGAACCUGUGCAGAUAUUGAUGAUUGUGAAAAAAAUCCUGGUGUCUGUGAUGGUAGCCAAUAUACUGACAUUACUGGUGGCUAUCUCUGUUAUGAUGGUUUUGUGGCUUCCAUGGAUAUGAAAACAUGUAUUGAUCUGGUUGAAUGUUCUAAUGGAACCCACCAAUGUAGUAUAAAUGCCCAGUGUGUGAACUGUGCUCAUUUUGAAGGAUUCGCUGGAGAUGGCUUUACUUGCUUAGAUGUUGAUGAGUGGGCAGAAAACUUUAAUCUUUGUGAGAAUGGACAGUGCUUGAAUAUCCCUGCUACAUUUCGAUGUGAAUGAAUGGGCUUCGCUUCAGGUUCAGAGAGCAAAUUCUGCCAAGAUGUUGAUGAAUGCUCAUUCCAGAAUAUCCAUGUCUUUGGAACAUGUAAAAACCUUCCAGAAAUGUUUCAUAGUAUCUCUGAUGAUGGCUAUGAAUUGGAUAGAGCAGAAGGAAACUGUACAGAUGUUGAUGAGUGUGCUGAUCCCAUCAAUUGUGUUAAUGGUCUCUGUGUUAGUACUUCUGGUCAGUAUGAGUGUAACUUUCCAUCAGACUUCCAGCUAAACCCAACUGGUGUAGGUUGUGUGGAUAAUCAAGUUGGUAAUUGCUACCUGAAAUUUAGUCCUCAUGGGGAAGGGCUUCUGUCCUGCAACACUGACAUUGGUGUUGGAGUUAGUCUCUCCUCAUGCUGCUGCUGUCUGGGAAAGGCCUGGGGAAAUCUCUGUGAGAGUUGUGCACCUGUGAACAGCACUGAAUAUUAUACUCUGUGUCCAGGAGGUGAAGGCUUCAGACCUAAUCCUGUCACUGUCAUCCUUGAAGAUAUUGAUGAAUGCCAAGAAUUACCAGGUCUCUGCCAAGGUGAAAACUGUAUCAACACUUUUGAAAGCUUCCAGUGUGUAUGUCCACAUGGCUACUACCUUAGUGAGGAAACAUGUAUCUGUGAAGAUUUUGAUGAAUGUUUUACACAUCCUGGUGUCUGUGGGCCUGGGACCUACUAUAACACCUUGGGAAAUUACACCUGCAUUUGUCCUCCUGAAUAUAUGCAAAUCAAUGGCGGACAUAACUGUAUGGACAUGAGAAAAAGCUUUUGCUACCAGAACAAAACCAUAUGUGAAAAUGAGCUGCCCUUUAAUGAGACCAAGAGGAUGUGCCUCUACACAUAUAAUUUUGGCAAAGUUUGGAAUAAGGCUUGUGAACCAUGCCCAACUUCAGGAGCAGUUGAAUUUAAAGCCAUAUGUGGAAAUAUUCCUGGAUUUACCUUUGACAUUCAUACAGGCGAAGCUGUAGAUAUUGAUGAAUACAAGGAGAUUCCAGAUAUUUGUGCAAAUGGUGUUUGUAUUAACCAGACUGGCAAUUUUCACUAUGAAUAUCCUACAGAAUUCAAUUACAAUGAUCUACUCUUGGUCUGUGAAGAUGUUGAUGAAUGUGAGCGACAUCUGUGUGGAAAUGGAACAUGUGAAAACACAGUUGGAUCCUAUAACUGUCUGUGCUACCCAGGGUUUGAACUUACUCAUAAUAAUGAUUGUCUGGAUGACAGAAAAAGAUUCUGCUUUGCUGAACUUCUACAGUCAAUGUGUCACAUGGCUUCCAGUAGCCAGAACCUUGUCACAAAGUCUGAGUGUUGCUGUCGUGAAGGAUGGGACUGGCGUAACCAACAUGAACUUUGCCCACUUCCUGUAACUGCCCAGUACAUAAAGAUUUGUCCUCAUGGCCCAGGAUAUACCACAGAUGGAAGAGAUGAAAAUGAGUGCACCAAUCCAAAUGCUUGUGGCUCUGCCUCCUUCUACAAUACCUUUGGAAGUGACGGGUGUACUUAUCCAUCUGGAUUCUCUUUUGACCAGUUUUCCAGUGAAUGCCACGAUGUGAAUGAAUAUUUAUCAACAAACAACCCAUGCAAUUAUGGUUGCUCCAGCGCAGAAGGCGGUUAUCUCUGUGGUUGCCCACCUGAGUACUACAGAAUCAGACGAGGUCACUGUGUCUCAGGAACAGGAUUUAACAAAGGCCAGUAUCUAUCAAUGGCUACAGAGGUAGAUGAAGAAAAUACUUUGUCUCCUCAAGCAGGCAAAAUAAACAGCUUCCCUAAGAAAGAAAGCAGACAAAAAGGAAAUAUUAAUGAAACUAAACCAGCUGUGGUUGAAAAGAUGGGCUUAGAAAGUAUAAAUGUGGACACCCCAAUAAAAAUGAAAUUCAAUCUGUCCAGCCUUGGCAGUAAGUUACAUAUUCUAGAAUUCAUGCCUGCCAUUGAGUCACUCAACAACCACAUUCAAUACAUCAUCUCACAGGGAAAGGACAGUGGCAUCUUCCGAAUCGACCAACAGGAUGGGCUAAGCUACUUGCACAUGGCCAAAAAAAAAUCUGUGCCUGGAACUUACACACUGGAAAUCACUAGCAUUCCUCUGAUUAAGCAGAAAGAACUUGAGAAACUGGGAGAUAGUAAUGAGGACAACUGCCUCCUAGGGGAGCUUGGUGAAACUCUCAAAAUGAGACUUCAUAUUCAACUCUACUGACCCCUUUAUAGACUUGGUUCAGUUUUCAAAUCACUGAAUAAUCACUAAAUAGUUCACCUAUUUAAUCCACUUGAGCAUACCUAGACUUUGAAAACAAUAAGGAGCCUUGACUUUUUUUUUUAAGAGAGAAAAAAAAAGACCUUCAUUACUCUUUCCCUCCUUUCCCACUCACCCCUGUCCCCAAAUGUACUUUAAACUCUGCUGUGGCCAAAGAUUUGGGUACAAAGGAACCGUGGUUACUUUGUUGUUGUUUUUUUUAUAUAUAUAACUUCACUUUAAAAUGCAUUAAAAAAAAACAACCUAAAUGUUCAAGAGGUCAGCAUAUGACAUUAAAUGCACAAAAAUGUGAGCUUUUUUUUUUCCUUGUUAACAGUCUGUAACAAGUUAGGUAUUUUGCUAUAGUUCAUAAUUUUUAAAAUAUAGAUAUUUAUUUUAAUGCAAUAAUAUAUGGAGAAAUGAACAAACUAAACAAGAAGGGAGACUCGUUUGUUUUUCUUUAGAUUUAUAAAUUUGAACUAUUUCAUUUUAGAGGUGAUUUUUUAAAAGAUCCAGUAGAUUCAAGAGAUGUAUCUUUUUUCCCCCUAGUUAUCCAUUCUGUCUCAAACAGAGUCUUGCAGAGCUGAAUGAAAAUUAUAAUUUUUUUAUAUGAGAAUUACAUAAGACUCUGCAAAGGAGGAUCUAAAUCAGAAUAGCUCACUGUGUUUGUGUUCUGUAUCACCAGACACAUUAAUAGAAGAUGAAGCACAACCCCUGUAGCAAAAUACUUUGACUACCUAUAAUACCAUUAGCAUUGCAGACCAAAUUGUACUAUUUCCUUCUUAUAACCUCAAGGAACUACAUAUGCUAUCCAUAACACCUCAUUCUUAAAAAGGGUGCUCUACAUAUUCGUGUUACUGUAGGCAGCUGAAAUGUCAUUCUUUUGAAAGAAACUCCUGAAGUUUCCCAGGGUUUGGUGCUGGCUUAGAUUAAUGGUGCAUUUACUAUGAUCAGGCUAUUUCAGGAUUGCCGUGUGUGCAAACUAAUCAUGCAGUGCAGCCAAGGAAAUGUGUAUUUUUUGAAUUUUUUUUAGAAUUUCCAUUAAUGCUGUAGUUAUACACUGUAUGCUUCAUUCUGUCACAGUCUAUUGUGUAUGAAAAGUGCUUGUACAAUUAAUUGAUGUUUAGUUUGCUUUAGUCUUUUUUUAAGCUAUAUUAUGUACCACCAGUGCUUUUUUGGCAGGUAUUAUCUAUAUAAGGACACACAACCAAACCUCAUAUGUAAAACAGCCAAAGCACAUACAUACUCCAGGUUUGCUUCAAUCUUGUACGUGUGCUAACCAAACAUUAGUAACCAGUUAUAUCCAGUGUUUUAUUUUUUUGUUUUGUUUUGUGGGAAAAGAAAUAUUAUAAAUUUGUAAUCAAGUGUUUGUGAGGAAAGAUUUUUGGUUUUUGCUUUUGUUUGUUUUUAUAGAUCUGUAUCGAAUAUGAAAACACUUUUCUUGCAUUAAAAGCUUGUUUUGGGAUAGAUUUUCUAGAAUUACCUGUAUUUUAAAAGU